UACUUGUUCCAAAGCAUGUGCAGUUUGUUCUAACUUUUUAAAGUGUUCAUCGGCCCUGGUCGGUCAAAAGAUUUUCUCUCCGUGAGCACGUGUCGAUCCAUUGCAAUCAACCAUACUUUAGAGUUCAGAGGCAUCUUCAGGCUAACCCCCACCACCGCCUCUCUCCCGGCAGCCGGAGAUGCGUGUAGCCAUGGUUACGUAGUUUACUUCCAUCGAUGCGACUUCCUUUUCUUCCUCUUCGCUGUAAUGGACGUUCUCGGUAGGCGAUCGAGCUACGCCCUCUUAAACAACCAGUACCCUGACGAGCCUCAGCCGAUCCAAAUUGAGAUGCCGCCACCGGAGAAGAUUCGUGGGAAAAUCCCCUUCGACUGGCCAAUUGGCGCCGACGCCAUGGACGUCGCCGAGCUCCGCGCUGGGGUGCGGAUCGGCCCCAUGUUUCCCUCUACUGGCCUCCAGAGGCAGUCCAGUGGAAGCAGUUUUGGGGAGAGUUCGUUCUCUGGAGAUUACUAUCUCCCGACGACGCUAUCUUCCGUGUCAGCAACCAUGGUUACCGAUGGUUACAAUCCAACCUCAGCUGGCGGUGUAGGUGAGGUGAGGACGAAGGAAGGGGGUGAAGCAGUGGUCUCGUCCUCGUCUUCGAAGAGCUGGGCACAGCAGGCAGAGGAGGCUUAUCAGCUCCAGCUUGCCCUGGCGCUUCGACUGUGUUCGGAGGCCAGUUGUGCCAAUGAUCCCAACUACUUGGAUCCUGGUGAUCAUAUGAGUUUGGCUGAGCGGCCGUCGCCUGAAACUACGUCUCAUAGGUUUUGGGUUAAUGGUUCUCUAUCUUACAAUGAUAAAGUUCCAGAUGGCUUCUACAUGAUUCAGGGGAUGGAUCCUUUCGUCUGGACUCUGUGCACUGAUGUGCACGAAGGAAGUCGGAUUCCAACACUAGAAUCUUUCAAGUUUAUUCAGCCAAAUGAAUCAUCAAUUAAUGUAAUUAUUGUGGAUAGAUACAGUGACCCUGAAUUGAGGCAAUUACAUAAUUUGGCUGCUGGAAUUUCUUCCAGCUUUGCUACUACAAAAGAGAUUGUAGAACAGAUUGCAAAGCUUGUCUGCGUGCAAAUGGGGGGUGCAGCUAUGGAUGAAGAACAUGAUCUGCUCCCUCGAUGGAAAGAGAGCAGUAAGGAUCUCAAGGACUUCUCGCGUUCUGUUGUUAUCCCAGUUGGGACACUAUCCGUUGGUCUUUGCAGGCAUCGUGCCUUGCUGUUUAAAAUUUUAGCUGAUGCAGUCCAUUUGCCAUGCCGAAUUGCUAAGGGCUGCAAAUUUUGUAAACGCGAGGAUUCUUCCUCUUGUUUAGUGCACUUUGGUCUCGAAAGGUAAGAUUUCUGACUUAAAAGCCAUAAUUUUUGUUAUGAAGAAGUGCA